AUGGCGAUUGAUCCAGCUUUAAUGCUAGAAAGACUGGCUCUGAAUUUCCAAAUUGAAGAAGGCAUGGAUUGCAAAAGCUGUAGCAAGGAAUCCUACCCAUACGACAUUGCGAGUUUCAACAGCACGCUCUUCUGGACCGACUGGAUGAACAACAAGGUACAAUGGAUUGGAAUGGACUACAAGGAUCCCGGAGUGCCUCUCAAGACGUACGUCGGACAAAGUGGGAAGAUCUUCGACGUGAAAGCGGUCCAACCAUGUCCUAAAAAAGCGUCCGCCAAGUAUCCGUGUGAAGUAAACAAUGGCGGCUGUAUGGGGCUAUGUCUUCUUCGGCCCGGAGGUCACACAUGUUCGUGCCCAGUCCACAUGUACACCGUGACGACGGACAAGGGAACAAUAUGUAAAGAUAAAUGUGAAGAUCCAUUAGGAAUAGAGGAAGGUAUAAUAGAAGAUGCUCAAAUGAUCGCGUCUUCUGCUUGGAAUAACAACUUCAAUUCCGACGGAGCGCACCGAGCCCGCAUUAACCUAGAGUUCUGGCCAGCGGGCUGGAACGCCAAGAGAUUCGACCCAGACCCCUGGCUACAGAUAGACCUCGGGUCAGUGAAGACCAUGACUAGCGUGGCGACGCAGGGCCUGGGUCACGGUUAUCAUGACGAGUGGGUGAAGACAUACAGAGUGUCGACUUCGCUUGACGGGGAGACUUGGUUUGUGCACCAGAAUGGCGACCGCGAUAAGGUAUUUAUGGGUAAUACCGAUGGCACCACCGUAAAGCGUAAUGAAUUCAAGCCUAAUCUCAAGACACGAUGGCUGAGAAUUCAUCCUAGAACAUGGAACAACAACGUAGCGCUUCGUCUAGAGCUUCGUCAUGGC